CAGAGGGAGGAGAGGGGAAAGGGGCUGAGGUAGAAGACAGCUGUCUGAUAAAGAUACGGAUGAAAUAAAAACAAUUAGUCACUUAAACGGUGAAUAGAGUCAACGGUAUAGCCAUAUAACAUCGCGACUUCUAGAAGAGGGUCGCGCAAAUGUAGGAAGAGUAAAUAAAUAAAUAAGAGCGCGUGAGCGUCAUCCGCAGUGUGUAGCAUCCACAUCUACUUGCACCACCUGAAGACAACGACCGACACUGACAGCUGGGAAAUAAAGAAACGGGGGGAAAACACGAGCAAUCAGCGGAGAGGAAGGGCGACGGGGAAAAACACCGAGACUGUCCACGUCCUUGUGAUACAGAAAUAAUUGACCAGCGGUUUCUUUUAGUAUUUGAGGCGAGGAGGUAGAAGGGGGUCUCAGUGCUGCAGCGGCCGCCGUGAUGCUCAACACAUGUAGGCACGUUUGAAGCAGUUCAUCCCCGCCCUGUGUGGAUCUGACCGAACCGAACCGACCGUACGGUAACGGAUUUUAGUAGGGGGACGCCGGAAGGCUCUGAAAAGGACUUGAGGCGCAGAACUGGUGACUGGUAAUAUGACGAUAACCCUUAAUUAAUAAGUGAUGCAUUUGUACCUGUGUGGAGGAGAUAAAAUCUGACAGGAUUUUAAUUGCUCGUUUGUUUUUCCAACAUGGAUUGAUUGGCCCAUGAUCACUGUAUAGAAUGCGUAUUACACCCGAGUUUUAACACGGUAGCCUACCGAUUUAUGCCUCUAGCCUAUAAAUAUUUAAAUAAAGAGCAAAUUUAGGCCGAUGACUUUCUGAUGACGACAGUAAGGCAGAGAUGUCUUUAUUGUAGAAAUGUAUGUCCACCUCGAUAUCUCUUCAUGAAGAUAUAAACAAUUACAUCCAGCCUUGUGCUUAUUUCCGAGUCUAAUCUCGUUUUUUUAUGUAACACGGGCGAGAGACGCGUCAAAUUGAACACCCAUUGGUUUUACUCCACCAUCCCUCUGUCUACAUUUUGACCAGGUUAGAUAACUUCUCUCUUUAGUCGAUCCCUGCUUGUUGAUUUUACUUUUUAAAUCCAAAAAAUAAAAAAUAAAAAAAAUUGACUAAUAGCAAGGCUUAGGAGCCUGCUCUCGCCGUUGGCCUCCUUCCUCGAACAAUCUUCUGCCGAGCACCACCUUUGCAGCGAUGGAGACCCCAACGAAGCUACCUCCGUCGAGCCCAUCAUCGCCGACCACGGGCUUCUCUGUACCGAGCGCGGAGAAGGUAGACGGCUUCCCCCGCCGCUCCAUGCGCCGUGCCCGGCAGCGACGCUCCCAUAGCUCUUCACAGUUCCGCUAUCAGAGCUCCCAGGUGGAGCUCACGCCGCUGCCCUUACUUAAAGAUGCUCCAGUGGCAGAACUUCAUGACUUGUUCUGUAAGAAGCUGCAACAGUGUUGUGUGCUUUUUGACUUUCUGGACUGUGUGGCCGACUUGAAGGGGAAAGAGAUCAAACGUGCCGCGCUGAAUGAGCUUGUGGAGAGCGUGGCCACCAGUCGCGGAGUCCUCAUCGAACCCCUGUACCCAGAGGCUAUUAAGAUGAUCUCAGUGAACCUUUUUCGAACUCUCCCGCCCAGUGAGAACCCUGAGUUUGAUCCGGAAGAGGAUGAACCAGCUCUGGAAGCCUCCUGGCCUCACUUACAGUUGGUGUAUGAAUUCUUUUUACGCUUUCUUGAGAGUCCAGAUUUCCAGCCUUCUCUUGCCAAGCGCUACGUGGACCAGAAGUUUGUUCUACAGCUGCUGGAGUUAUUUGACAGCGAGGACCCCAGAGAGAGAGAAUAUCUGAAGACUAUCCUGCACCGUGUCUAUGGCAAACUUCUGGGCUUGAGGGCUUACAUCCGGAAACAGAUCAACAACAUCUUCCUCAGGUUCAUCUAUGAAACUGAGCGUUUCAAUGGAGUUGCUGAACUUCUGGAAAUUUUGGGAAGUAUCAUAAAUGGCUUUGCUCUGCCUCUUAAAUCAGAGCACAAGCAGUUCCUGGUGAGGGUCCUGAUCCCCCUGCACACUGCCAAGUCUCUCUCCAUUUUUCAUGCACAGCUGGCUUACUGUGUGGUGCAAUUCAUGGAGAAAGAUGCCCAGUUUACAGAACAUAUCAUCAGGGGGCUGCUGAGAUACUGGCCCAAAACAUGCACUCAGAAAGAGGUGAUGUUCCUGGGGGAGAUCGAGGAGAUUCUGGACGUGAUUGAACCAUCUCAGUUUAUCCGUGUGCAGGAGCCUCUAUUCAAACAGAUUGCUGCAUGUAUCUCCAGCCCUCAUUUCCAGGUUGCAGAGCGGGCUCUGUAUUUCUGGAAUAAUGAGUACAUUCUGAGUCUAAUAGAGGAGAACUGCCAGGUCAUCCUGCCUCUGGUCUUUGGCACGCUGUACAGAGUUUCCAAAGAGCACUGGAACCAGACGAUCAUCUCUCUUAUUUAUAAUGUGCUGAAGACAUUCAUGGAGAUGAACAGCAAGCUCUUUGAUGAACUCACAGCCUCCUACAAAGUGGAGAAACAGAAGGAGGUGAAGAAGGAGAGGGAGCGAGCUGAGCUGUGGAGGAAUUUGGAGGAUCUGCAGGAGAGGCGGCUGCAGAGUUUGACUGAGGCUAGCAGAAACCAGAAGAACCUGCAGGAGAGAGAGAACACAACCAAGAGCCAGUCAGAGACCAGCGCUGCCAACACCACCUAGAAACCGCACACUCACACACACACACACACACACACACACGCGCAUACACACACGCAUACACACACACACGCACACAUACAAAAAAUAUCACAGCACUGUAAAACACAGUAAUUACCUGACUUGGGAACCAAUCAAUGCCUCAAUCUCCGUCUGAAAACACACGCACACCAUGCAGACACUACCGUCACAAGCACAUGAACGUCAGCCUGUCCAUAUGUAGAUAUCUGAAAAACACUGAAGCACACAUCACACACAACCAGUGAGAUAUAAAAGAGAAAAAAAUGCGUACCUCUCACAUGCGUCCUACUAUUUCAUAUGCUUCAUACACGCUUUUCACACACCUGCCUCUCUGCAUCUUUUCUUUCUAAUCCUACACCAACCGGGAUCAUCAACCUUACCAUGCGAAAAAUACCUGCAUGGGGUGAAACACACUCACACACACUUGCAAUCAAACACAUCCUUCAUUACUGUCAUUCCAGAACUGGCUUUGUUUCUCUCGGGCCCGAUCCUACCCCCCUCGCCCGUCAAUCGACCAACAGACUCUGCAUACUGUCAACACUGAAGAGGAAUGAAUUAUGAUGAUCCAGAAGAUGAAAAUUCUUUAAAAGUACAGAUUCUAAUGUUCCAACUUCUACAGCUUAUUAUAGAAGUACUACUUCUAUGCUAAUAUAACUGAUGUUUUUAUAUAUAAUUAUAUAUAUAUAUAAAUAUGAUAUCUAUGUCUGAUAAUAGUGUUGGUGGGGGUAUUCUAGUGUAGCACCUCAUAAACAUGACUGAAGUAUGCUGCUAGGUAAAACUAAACUUGCUCUGAAGUGACAACACUUUAGUCUGUUCUUAUGAUUUUUUUUCUCAUUCAAAAUAUUUUAAUUUAGCAAUAUUCUCAUCUGUUUUGAAUAAUAAGUGUCUGGCGAUUUUUUAUUUUAUUAUUAUUUAUUUAUUUUAAAUCAAAUUGCUUGCAAACAUUCUCUUUGUAUUUCAGUACAACUUCGAGAGAGGGCAGACUCUUAUUUUGUCUUGAUUUUUGUUGCUUAUAUUUAUUGAUGUAGAUGAUUGCUGAUGGGAAGGAACUGCGUGUGUAGGCAUAUUGAGAAAGCUUAAGAAGAAUCUGAUGCGCGAGUGUGUGAGUGUGUGUGGAUGUUGUAGAGAAGUUUAUUCCAGUUUAGAAGAAAACAGGGAUUAGAUCAGAAUGUACCAUUCACUUUGAGUGUGCGUCAUAGCUCAAAUGAACUGCCACUGUUGAUUAUUGCUUUACAGUAGUCUGUCUUAUUGAGAAAUGGGUGAGAAAAGCAUACACUCUUGUUCUUGUUCAAAAGAAAGCACCUGGAUUGACUCCCUUUUGCUUGAGCUCUGAGAAAACUGGUAUCUGCAGAAACAUUACAUUUCAUAGGAACAAAAUGGAGAAGAAAAAUGAAAUAGAAUAGAAACGGCAAUAAAUAUGGACUGAAAUUGUAUGCAUACGUAGCAUCACUUAAACUAGAGUUGCACUGUCCUUUUGAUCAAAGUCUUGUGUUUAAACAUAGCAAUGUAUUUUUGGGGGACAAGCGGCUUUGGGAUCUGAAUGUAUAAAAGUGGGAUGAAACAUGAAAACUUGUGUUGAAUAACUCAGCAUCAUGAA